GGAUCAGGGAUUCUGAGGUGGCAGCUCCAUCGGCAAUACGAGAGGAAUGGAAGCUCAGCAUUAAAGCUCCUCGUUGUUGACAUGGAAAUCAGGGUGUCGCCCAAAAUGAAAGCAACCCCAGGAUACAUUGAUCUUUCUUUCAUGGAACUUCACGCCAUGCAACUAUCAAAUCAUGGUAACGAUCCGAACUUCAUCGUACACCGUCCCUUUCUCUGGUCAAUUGACGUUGGUCAAACAGUGGGUGACCUUGAUGAUGACUCCAUCCCAAUACCAAAAAGCCCCCGAAGGAUCAUAUCCUACUCUCUGUCAGGGGAUGGCUCUCAUUUAUCGACGUUGAGUAAGAUGGACAAAUGCCUUCAAUUGGAUCUCUGGAAACUCAGCUUGGAUAAUAAUCCGACUGCUCUGGUCCACAUUGAUGUGGACACCAAGCAAAUUUCGUCCACUCAACCGAAAUUGUCUGCGCAGAUCCAAAUGCCAUUGCUGAUAUCUGGACUAAAGUCCUUGGACCCAAUGAUGGUGUCUCUGUCCUGGGAUGCGUCAAACGUUGCGGUGAUAGCAGAGGACGAUAUGCACUUGGCACGAACCACAAGCAUCUACGUGUACCACAAGGAUUCUUCGCAUCCUUCGGAGAAGAAGAUCACCUCCGGACAGCCAAAUUCCUUCUUGCCUAUGCCGGACGAACAUCUUCCCGAAGGACUUAAGGGACUUUGCGGCUAUGGGAAGUUCCACAUAGCGACCACGAACAAUCAAGACGCCCGGGAUGAACUGUUUAUUACAUGCGACAUUUUCUCCGUCAAAAUAUACGGUGUCUUUGGUUCCUGGCAACAUCUUCAAACCAUUGCCCUCUUCAAACCCGAUUCCAUCUACAGUCGUAAAAAGCUGAUCUCUGGACUGAAUGGAAGAUACUUUGCUUGCAGCAGUUCCACCAACACAAUCCUGGUUUAUGACCUGGAGACUGGGUUGGUCGUUUCCCAUAUGGCGCUCGGUAGUAGCAGCAGGGUGCGGUUUUCGAACGAUGGCUCGAUGAUGGUGGUUAGCCACAGUGGGGUCAUCACGACGCGUUGGACAAAGUCAGCCACGGCAAUCGCCUCUGUAGAUGAGAUCGGGUCAAACGCUGCGUUCGCUCAUAACGACGAAAAAGUCAUCGUGUCUACGUUCGCGGACAAGAGUUACGGGCGAGGUGAAAUAGGCGCGAUCAUGGACGCAACAAGUCUUUCAGUAGAAGACAUAUUAUCUAUCCCCAUGCCUUACAAGGAAGGCAGGCAGAAGCACAUGGACAAUCACGGCUUGACCCUUUAUACAGCACAUGGAUCCAAAAUUGACUUAAUCCGAGUGCUGGAUACCGUCGUGCAGCCAUAUACGCGUCCGAGGGAGCUAUGCGACGAGACAUGUUACAAGGAGCUGUCCCCAAAUAUGGUUAUUCACUCAGAGACGCCUCAAGGCGAGAAUGAGUUCACUUCCGCCUCAGGAUUGACAUUCGAACUGAGGUUCCACAACGCUCGCAGCCAGGACUGGACUGAUGGUCCGGAACCGCAAUCACUUUCUGUGUUAGUCUCAGACAAGCGUGGACGAUCAAGGAUGGGGCUUACAAUUCCUGCAGCCGCUAUCGCAGAGCCUCACUGGCUUCAGUUCAAGGGCUUUUUUCAAGAGACAUCUCAACGAAUGAUCGUGUACAACUGUCUUUUCGUGAUGGUCUGGAGCCUACCCACGACACUGGAUAGCGAUUUCACGCUGCUGUCGACAUGGUGGGCUCAGCCGAUGCCUUUCGAAGUCUCGUUUGAGCAGCAGUGGUACACCACAGGAACUGCGAGGUGCACACACGAUGUCGCCUUUCUCCAAACUCUUUCCCUGAAUGAGUACUACGAGGAGGUUCCCAUGGACGCCUUCCGACUGCACCAUCACAAUGCGUUCAGCAGUAAUCCGAUGGCGUUUCUAGACGGCAUCCUAGUCCUGGUCGAGAUGUUCCGUGCAGACGACGAGAUUUUCCAGCAGGCAGUCCUUCUGUACGUCGGUCAGCACAUUAACAGCUAUCCAGACCCGCAUAACCUAGCCUCCAGCGUCCUUGUCAAGAUAUGCCAGGCAGUCAGCCAGAAGAACCAUGACCACUAUGCCAAGUUUCUAAAGGCCUUUUUUGAGUCCUCAUACUGCCGGUGGGUUCCAAGACCUGAUCUGAACAAGGAAACAAACCCCAUCUCAAUCCUUAUGAAGCGGAGCAAGACAGUACCACGCGCGAUUGAUCUCGUCCAGAUUAUGAUCAGCUAUUGUACACGGCAAGCCAAGAAGGAAAAGGAGCGUGACAUCCACUUCACAUCGCCGAUCAUGGAACCCCUGCACGAGCUUAUUGCCCAGCAGGAUCUUCACACCGAUCUUGCGCACAGCACUCUCCGAAAGCUGGCAUAUAUCCCGGUCAAUGAACGCUCCCAUAUCGUGGAUCAUCACAUCAUAGCACACCCUCCAGAGUUCCGGCUACGCUUUUGGGAACACAGCACAAAGCCGCUGUAUGAAUGCGGGGAUCCUGUCUUGCAGCUGGACCUGAAUCCAUCAACCACCUCUCACGACCCUCAGAACGACAAUUUCACCCGCGACUUGUUCGUUGCCUCGUUCAGCAUGUUGUGGUGCGCUCCGGAGGAUAAGCCGGACCUGCGACCGUCGAUCGCCAAGAUCAAGAGCAGGGCUCGGGUGCCGCAAUCAUGGAUCCGGACGCUCUUCCAUGUCAUCUUGCUGAAGUGCACACUCAAGUCCGCUGUUGCUGUAGAGUGCCACGAUUUCUCACUCCAGAUGCUGGAUAACCCUGCCAUCGCAGCUCUGGUUGAGUACAAAUGGAACACGAUCGGCUAUAUCCACUGGCUGAUGCGCUUCUUGUGGCAGUGCAUCUAUUAUCUCUUGGUGCUGGUAGCGGUGUUCAUGCAGCCCGCGCCGCUAUAUUUCGUCCCCAUACAACAUAGUCGACCUCGUCACAUACGCGCUACCGCUGGCAGCCAGUGCAUGCCAAAUCGUCAACAUCGUCAAUGAGGAUCCGAACGGCAACAAAGCGACCCUCAGUUUCUCUGUUUUGUUCAUAUUCCUACACUGUCUGUUUGAGCUAAGGAUCAACAAGAGCGUUUGCCAUUUUGUCACCAUCAUCAUCCGCUGUAUUGGUGAGAUCCGGGUUUUCU